GAUGAAUCGCACGGCGCCGAGAGGGUGAGCGUUUGUCGUGAGUGUGCAUCUUUUCAAAAGUAAACGAGUAUUCCCACGCGUGAAUAAGUAUCACAUAGCCGCCGCACUUCGACUUGACUUUUCUUCCCCUCUUCACCACAUCCACCUUACCUUCCCGUCCCUCGUUCAAGAGCAUUCGCUCGUUUCAUUCUCUUGUCUUUACAGACUCCACUCUCUUUCUUUCAAGAUCUUCGAGCCCUGGUAGGCUUGAUUCAAGGCGCUCUAGCAGCAGCACUCUUUUUUAGGCCGUCCCAAACACGACAAACAAUCUUCCGGUCUUUCCAUCUUUCUCAUCGAUACUCUUGAAAAGAUGUCUUCUGUCAACACCAAGUUCGCUGUCCUGGCUCUCGCAGGCUCUGCUAUUGCCAUUCCCAGCUUCGGCCAUGGCAAGCACCAUGGAAAACACCACAAGCACUACUUCGGCUCUUCUGGCAUUGCUACUGGCACCGGUUCUCCUUACGGCAUGGCCAAUGCCACUGGUAUCUGGGGUACCGGCACUGCUGUUGGCUCCAAUGGCCUUGUCGCUUCUACCGGCCUCGCGUCUGGCUCUUUCGUCCACCCUUCUGCUGUUGUCCCCCACACUGGCUCAUCCGAAGCUGCUGCUGCCUUGUCCAGCACUUGCACCGACUCCGUCGUGAGUGUCACUCACACCAACCGUGUCACCGUCACCGUUCACGCUUCUUCUGCUGAGGCUGCUCCUGCUCAGACUACUCUAAGCACCAAGGCCUACGUACAGUCUGCUGAACUUGACUCUGCCGAGUUCAACAGCACGUCCAUCUCUCUUGCUAGCAGCUCUGCCAUCGCCAGUAGCUCUGUCGCUUUCAGCAGCUCCGUUGUUGUUGUUGCCAACACAUCGGAGUCCGCUGCCAGCAGUUCCGUUUCCGUCAGCAGCGCUGCUACCUCUAUCGAUCUUGAGCUUCAGAACAAGGGUCACCAAAAGUGGACUCGCUCUUCGACUGCUGCCGCCUCGACUGUCGCUGCUCAGUCUACCAGCGCUGUCGCUGUCGCUCCUAUUGCCAGCUCUGCCGUCUCCACCAGCAGUGUCUACGUCGCUCCUGCCUCAAGCUCAAGCUCCAGCAGCAGCGUCGUCUAUGUCGCUCCUACUUCUGCCGUCGUUGUCAGCAGCUCAUCCGCAAAGGCCUCAUCUACCUCAUCUUCAGCCGCUCCCGUGUCUAGCAACACCGGCAACGGUAAGCGUGGUCUUGCUUACAACACUGCAUCUCUCCUCGGUUGCUUCGAGAACAACGACCAAGUCACCUGGGGAUACAACUGGGACUCUGACAGCGCUGGUCUCUCCAGCAGCUUCAACUACGUUCCUCUUCUCUGGGGCACUAGCAACGGCCACGCUGAGGUCUGGAACGAGCGUGCUACCGAUGCCCUCGCCAGCGGAUCCACCCACCUGAUGUCUUUUAACGAGCCCGACAUGACUUCGCAGGCCAACAUGUCCCCCGAAGAGGCAGCUUCUGCUUACAAGACCUACAUGAUGCCGUUUGCUGGCAAGGCCAAGCUUGGUGCUCCUGCUGUUACCAACGGUGGUGGCAGCAUGGGUCUCAAUUGGCUCAGCGCCUUCCUCGCAGCUUGUGAUGGUUGCCAGGUCGACUUCGUGUCCAUUCACUGGUAUGACAGCGCUUCCAACACUGCCUACUUCAAGGAGCACGUUCAGAACGCCACGGAUGUUUCGGGCGGUAAGCCUGUCUGGGUCACCGAGUUCGCUCCUACCGGCGCUUCCGACUCUGCCGUUGCUACCUUCCUUGAAGAUGUUAUGCCCUGGAUGGACAGCCAGAGCUUUGUCGAGCGCUACAGCUACUUCAUGGCUUCCGACGGCGUCCUCAUCAGCGGCACUGAGCCUUCAACCUUCGGCACCACUUACGCCACUUACUCUUCUUAGAGCACCAGUCAUUGAGUGACUAUUUCGACAAAUGUGAUUAACGAAUGGGACAAAGCAUACGGUGUGGGAUUCGGCAAGGAAAAUGGGAUGACUGGGCGGUCAUCGUGCAAUGGAAUUCGCAUGCGAAUAGAGAAGGCAAGGACUGGUUUCUGCUUGACACGGGAUUACGGAUAGGGUGGAUAAACACAAGUUGCAGCAAAUGAAAAGCCUGUAACACAGUAACACAGAACAUAGCGUGCAUCCUGAUUCUGUGUGCUUAGUAGAAGUGCAAUAUAGAAAAUGUCACUGUUUGGCUGUGGUUGCUUCUUGAUGACGCUCGUCGGAGCAGAAAGGUGGAGAAGCGGUUGGUCGCAAGGCGUUAAUGGGUCGAAACACGUGCGGGCGCUGAUUGGCCAGUGGACCAAGCAGUCGUGAGGAUCAAUCUAUUCAGCAAGGACGAAUUGCGC